UAGUCCACCCUCUUCUCCCACUCCCCACUUCCGCCUCAACAAAUCCCCCAACAAAACCCUAGCCGCCGUCCCCACAGGUCCCCCCCCCACUCCUCCUCCUCACCCCUUCCACCACCUGCUCGGUCUCCGGCGAUCCCAAGAGGCACGGCGACGAUGAACGUGAAGGGCGGCGGACGGAUUCCGGUCCCUCCGGCGGGGGCCGGCACGCUGGUGAAGGUGGCGGUGUUUGGCGGCGCCGCCGUGUACGCCGCCGUGAACAGCCUCUACAACGUCGAGGGCGGGCACCGUGCCAUCGUCUUCAACCGCAUCCAGGGCAUCAAGGACAAGGUAUACCCUGAAGGGACUCACUUUAUGAUCCCAUUGUUUGAACGGCCAAUCAUUUACGAUGUCCGUGCUCGCCCGAAUCUUGUUGAGAGUACUUCUGGAAGCAGGGAUCUUCAGAUGGUGAAAAUCGGUCUCCGUGUCCUCACAAGGCCUAUGCCCGAGAGGCUACCAACUAUCUACAGGACUCUGGGGGAAAACUUCAAUGAGAGAGUUUUGCCUUCGAUCAUUCAUGAAACACUGAAAGCUGUUGUCGCUCAGUACAAUGCUAGUCAGCUAAUCACACAGAGAGAGACUGUGAGUAGGGAGAUUAGGAAGAUACUGACUGAGAGGGCUAGAUACUUCAACAUUGCCCUUGAUGACGUUUCCAUUACAAGCCUGAGCUUUGGGAAGGAGUUUACUCAUGCCAUUGAAGCCAAACAGGUUGCUGCACAAGAAGCUGAGCGUGCAAAGUUCAUUGUUGAGAAAGCUGAGCAAGAUAAGAGGAGUGCUAUUAUCAGGGCACAGGGUGAGGCUAAGAGUGCAGAACUUAUUGGUCAAGCCAUCGCAAACAACCCUGCUUUCCUUGCCCUCAGGCAGAUAGAAGCUGCGAGGGAGAUCUCUCAUACAAUUUCGUCCUCAGCCAACAAGGUCUUCCUUGACUCCAACGACCUGUUGCUGAACCUCCAGCAGCUGUCGGUGUUGAACAAGCAGAAGAAAUGAUGUCCUAUUGCCUUGUUCCGAGUUGAUAGUGGAUGUCACAGUACCAGACGUCACGAGGAAUGCUCGGUUUUGAGCACCUGGCAAACAUCCUGGGAAGCAAACUGGCUGGUCUUAUUGGACCAUGCCAGUCCUCGAGGAAGUACAAUAAGGAACGCAUUAUGUUUUAAGAUCUCAAUUUGUGAUGAUUGCUAGAUUUCUGUUCCUUUUGGGAUUAGCCGGUGCUGCUGGAUUUUCUGCUGGUAGGCUUUGUGAAACAUAAUUUCUUGCUUCCCGAAGCUAGCCUACAGCGUCUUGGUGGCAUGGCAAGCUUUUGUUGAGAAAUGAACAGCAACUGCAGGACUGACUGCUGCUGCUGAACGGGCUCCAUGGCAGGAAAGGAGUUCACGACUUGAUGUGAGAUCAGCGGGCAUCAGGAGACUUACGAGUAUUAGAUAAAUAGUUAGCAUCACUAUAUUCAACUAUAGUCAUGUCUUGAGUCAUAGCUAGCAUCACAUUCAACUAUAGUCAUGUCUUAGUCUUCUGACAGAAUAAAUAAGAUCUUUUGUACUUUGAAAAUAUUUGAGUAUAUUCGUUACUCCUGUUA